UCAUUAUUCAUUUUCAAGGGAAAAAAUACUGUGUUCUAUUCCUUGCAUGGUAUGUCUGUUUCAACAAUAACGAAUUUUUUGACAGCCUCCAAAUUCAUAAAAGAAAAUGCGAUUCGUAAACUUCAUGCCACCAAAGGAAGAUGAUAUCGAUCAGAUCAAGGGGUGUUAUUGAUUUCAUGUCUCAUACUGUCCGACAGCUGAGGUUGGGCUCGAUUUUAUCUACAUAAACCCUUGGUAGAGUACUUUUUUGGUGAGUAGUCCACCCUUUUCAUUGUCUGGCCGUUUCUGACCUUUUUUCACUCGUUAACUGUGCCAUCAUGUUUGUUUCCCAGGGACUUUUACUCGUCGUGCUUUCUAUCUUGGAUUCUUCCACGGCUUUCGUUCUUGACAAAAGACAAGCUGCGGAACCUUCAUGUCCUCCACGACAGACUAUUACUGUAACUGCAUUUGAAUGUCCAAUUAUUUCUUCUUCUGCGCCUCCUAGCAGUGGAGCAUAUUCGACUGCCGAUUUCACAUCUGCUUCUACCAGUUCCGAGGUUUUAGUUAGUACGACAAUAUUGAGCAGUGUCGACUAUGUCCCGACUUCUUCCAUUCCAUUGGAGACCAGCUCACAAUCAUUGGUCCUUUCAUCAUUUGUUUCGACUUCAGGUGCAGCAGCCACUUACACAAGUCAGAUUCCUGUCUCUUCAGCUAUACCUUCCACGGCUCUCUCAUCAUUCUCGGGAACUAUUUUUUCUACUGAGAGUUUGAUAUCCUCGUCAUCUCCUUCAGAGUCUUCACUUCCAUCUAGCAGUCUUGCCCUUUCUGCAACCACUAUUGAGACUUUAUCGAUCAGUACGGAAGCAUCCACUUCGGUUCCAGCUUCCACAUCGAGCAGUGUCAUAACAUCCGAACCUUCUUCUUCGGUAACUCAGAGCUCGGUUGGAUCUUCAUACGAAAUUCUCCCAAGUUCGAGCUUAAUUCCUAGUACCGCAGCUUCCACCACAUACAUUUUGACCUCAUCCUCAUCAUCCCCAUUUAUAUCUUCCCCACUUCCAUCCUCUGCCAUUUCGUCAACAACCAUACUCACCGUAAUCUCCUCCGCAUCCCUACCCGCCAUCACGUCGGUCACAAUAACCACAACAGUCAUUAGUACAGUAGAAGGUCAAACCACCACAGUCUUGUCAACGUUCACACAAGUUACUACUGUUGCAACGACCAUAGCAACCACUGUUCAAGUGCCCACCACCGUGGUUAGCUUGGGAACCACAACUGUUAUACAAUACACUACAGUUACAGCUCCAGCUUGUACAAUCCGCCCGUCUUUGAUUAAUGGUGGUUUUGAAGACGGCAACGGUAUCGAUCCAUGGGUAGCGGUUGCCACAGGACCUAAUCCUCCUACCUACACCACUUCAGCUACUCCUCACAGUGGAUCUACCAGUUUGUGAGUUUCCUUUCAUCAUAAGAAAAAGAAGAAACAUCUACUGACAUAUCAACUCCAAUUCUGAGAGAACUACUUUUCUUCCCAUCAUCCUCAGCCAGCUCAUACAUCACUUUAACGCAAACCGUGACCGCAUGCCCCUCUUCCAACUACCUCGUUACCGGCUACGUAAAAGCAAACAAUGCACUUAGCAUUGAGCAGUCUUCUAAUUGUCACAUCUAUUGUAAGUCCGCUCUUUCAUCUCUGGUUCUCAAAUCCCCUGUUGACCACAACCCCUUCAAAUUUUUGUCCCAAAUAAAUCACUAAGUCCCACUCACUUCUAUAGUUCAAACUGCCACACAGUCCUCUCCGCCCACUUUGAUUAAUUCCUCCACAUAUCCAGGUUGGAGCAUGAUCUAUCUAUUCUUCACUGCUCCUCCGGGCGACGGUCCACAAAAUGUGCAAUUAACAGUGCACUCUUACUGUGAUAGUGAGGCUAAUGAUGCGCCGGGAUUGUUUGUGGAUGAUUUUGUCGUUAUUGGGUAAUAGCUUCAUGAGAAGAAUGUGAGUUGCGUGUGACGUGGGAGGCGGGAGGUGGAAGGAUUAAAUUAUGGCAAUGAGAUAAAGAGUUGGAAGAAGUCGUUUUGGAGGUUUGUUCUUUUAAUUAUUGUAUUAGUGCGUUAAUUAAAGGGGUUAUGAGGUUACUUUUAAUUGUUGGUUUGGUGAGUCAGCGGCUGGGUCUUGGUACGUAUACGAAAUCAUAGCUAGAUAA